GUUUUUUAAUUAACAUUUUUUAAAUUCGAUAAUUUUAUUAUAAAUGUGUGUGAUAAAGGCAAAAUAAUUCAAGGUUCAUAAUUUUAAUUGUGGUGAAUUAAUUAUGUAUAAGUAUUUUGAAUUGUAUAUUUAAAAUAGUGAACUUACAAACAGUAUCAAUUUUAAUUAUUUUACAUUUUUGUGGCUAAUUCGUUUUUCAAAAUAUUCUCUUAUCACUGAAUUGUCACAAUCUGUAUUGACAAUUUAUAGACAUCAAUUACCAGGGGCGAUUCGUGAGGUUAUAUAUCGAACAAAAGAAAUAAAAAUAUAUAUUAUUCUUGUUUACUCAUAAUUAAUAACAUCAAUUUGAAUGGUCAGUGCCUCCACAACUGAAAUUGAAGAAUCGGCAACGUUCGGGAGCUUCGUUUGUGUCGGUAUUUGGACUUAUUUCAUUGGUUAGAGACACACGUCAGCUCCCCCACCAUUGAAACAAUAGCCAGACCUUAAAGCGCAUGCGCAAAUAGAACGAAAUAGAAAUAUUCAAAAUUUAAUUAUGAAACGAAUUGGCGCGAAGAGGCACAUUUAAAAGUGCCUCUGGAGAACUUACGCACAAAAUAUUCUUUGAUAUUUAAUAUAAACUUAUUAAAGUGUGCUGCGUUGUUGCGUUGGUGACUUAAAUUGACAUUAAAUAUUUGGCAUUUGUUUCAUAAAAUAAUUAAAAUCCAAGUUAAAAUUGCAGUUCAAACCUCAUUGAUUUUGGGGACCAAAACGUGAAAUUAAUAGUGUUCUCCACAUAAAAAUUAUAAUUAUAUGACAGGUUAACCUGUGAAGAAAACCACAUUGGUCCAAGAUAAGAAAAUUUCCGGAGCACCGACAUCAAACAUAAUGAAAUUUAUGGCCAUAUCAUAACCAGUAUUUCGCUGACACUCACGAUUCCUAUGAACAAUAAACUUAUACCAGACGUAAUCGUAUGUCGGCGUAACCUAGUUACGUAUAUUGGUUAAAACGAAUUGUCAAUAGUUUGAUACCUCCGCAAAACCAUUUUGCUUAAAGAAAUACCAAGAAAUUAUACAUUGAUUAGUGUUUGAAACGUCACAGCCGUUCCUGAGAACGUUGCGAUGACAAAUAUCCAUCAGGGGAAAAUUUCCAGAGAGAAGAUCUAAAACAUGAACAUACCUUUACACAAGGGCAUAUCGAUUCGAAUAAAACGCAAGGAUGGAAACGUCCACUUCGCCAAAAUCCACGAGAUUGAUUACAAACGGGGCGUGGUUAGGGUGGAAUGGACCGAAAAUGACGAGGCUAAAGCGAAAGACAUUGAAUUUCAUCAGGUUACCAGUCUUAAUCCACGAUUAAUUUUUACCUCGCCCCCUGUUAAACGCCAGUCAACUAGUCCGGUACCUCGUACAAUAAUAAGUGGAAUCAUUUCCAGGAAUAAGUCCCCAAAGCGUUAUAACAUAUCAUCAUCCUCACAUAGGACUUUUACGCCGCCAAUCCAUCACACCACCGUAGAUAUUUUACCUUCUGUGCCCUUACAUUCAACCAGUAAACUUAUUGCCAAAAAACAAGUUUCUCCCAAACAAAAGACAACCCCUAUGCCCGACUAUACAAUUCCGGAGCCGCCAAAGUGUUCCACUAAAGAUGUGGUGACAUCAAUCGCCAAUCAGAAAAUGAAUGACGACAAUAGCUCCAUCAUUACCCAAAAGUCAAACCGUUCAAAUUGCACCCUUAAGAAAAUUAACAAGAUACAACAAAACAGGGUGGAGAGACAAAAAUUCCACGCCGAAUCAAUAGUGGAAACGUCGAGAAAGAGCAUGAAGCAUCCCCGUUGGGACGUCCUCGACAUGAUCCACAAUUUUCGGGCGAGACUACACAUCAGACCUUUGUCAGCUAAGGAUGAAAUUGUAGACCAUCAAAUAACAGUGGCAGUUAGGAAGAGACCGAUGAAUCACAUGGACAUUGUAAAUAAAGAAAUAGACAUCAUUACCAUCCCCAGUAAAAACCAGCUAAUUGUCCACGAGCCUAAGGAUAAAGUAGACAGGACGAGGUACUUGGAGAACCACUCGUUCCAGUUUGAUUACACCUUUAAUGAGUCGUGCUCGAAUGUUUUGGUGUACAAGUACACGGCUAAGCCAUUGGUGAAGAGCAUAUUUGAAGGGUGCAUGGCGACGUGCUUUGCCUACGGACAGACUGGAUCGGGCAAAACCUUCACCAUGACCGGAAAUUUUACUGAACUCAACUCAGAAAAAGGAAUAUACGCACUAACUGCGGCGGACAUAUUCGAACUGGUUAACUCAUCCAAGUACAAAAACUUAAACUUGUCAGUAACGUGCAGCUUCUUCGAGAUUUACCUGCAACAAGCCUUCGACUUGCUGAACAACAAAGCAGUCUUAAGAAUACUAGAAGAUGGCUCACAACAAGUGAGAGUCCGUGGACUUAAAGAGUUCACCGUCCACUCGGUGGAAGAAGUUCUAAAACUGAUUCACACCGGCAACGCUCAAAGAGCUUCGGGCCAAACGUCGGCUAACUUAAACUCCUCCAGGUCCCACGCCAUCUUCCAAUUCCACUUAAAAUCCCCCAAGAAACUGGCCCCACAUGGGAAGUUCUCUCUGAUUGAUUUAGCCGGCAACGAAAGAGGGGCGGACACCUUUGCCUCCUCCAUGUCCACCAGGCGUGAGGGCUCGGAUAUAAACAGAUCUUUGUUGGCUCUAAAAGAGUGCAUCAGGGCUCUGGGUAGGAAGCAGCCCUACUUGCCUUUCAGGUCGUGCAAGCUCACGCAAGUGUUGAGAGAUUCCUUCAUUGGGGACAAAUCCAGGACGUGCAUGAUUGCUAUGAUUUCGCCGAAUAUAAGUUCCUGCGAGAACACGUUGAACACCUUGAGGUAUGCGGAUCGUGUUAAGGAGUUGGGGGGCGCUGGUGAUUUAGAUAAAAUGCCGGAUAAUAUUCCCACUUGGAAAGAAAACUCUUUGAUAACGCCACUGGAAGGUAAAGCCAUACCCCUGUUACGUUCACCAAUGAAAAAUAAAUCCGGAAUGCAAAUUCGUUCAGCACCAGGGAAAAAGUCGCCUGGGAUACAAUCAGGGAAGUUUAAACAAAUGAAAGAUAAUACAAAAGUGAAGGAAAAUCACAGAGAAACGCUAGCUAUGCUAAAGAAGACUGUAAAGGAUUCACAAGAGCUUUCCAAAGGUAAAUUUUCUUGUAAAAUGUGGAAAGACAUCCUGGAGAGAGGAAUUACAUCAUUAAUUACUGCCAAGAAUAUUGUGGACGUUGCACUCCAAGAAGAGGCUACAUGAUGUUCCCAUAUAUAAGAAAACUGAUGCCAUCUAAGAUGUUUUAGAUCAAUAAUAUAUAAACUAAAUAUAAUUUAGAUACAAAGGAGGAUUUCGUUAUUUUGUAUUUUUUUAUUUAUUUUAUAUAAUAAAUAUAUUUUGUA